UCACGUGAUCCUGUACAGGUAGGAAGACUAGGAACAAAAAACUCCUACGGCCCGCAAUGUUAGAUUUUUGAAGUUUUUCAUUGUGGAAGUUGUUCUUUAAAAAUGAUAACUUUGGGCAGCCUUUGUACAUGCAGAUUGUGGACAGAGAAUGAAACUGCCUUAAAAUCCUACUGGUAGCUAGGAGACCAGGAACAAAGUUGAAAACUCAGAACCCACCAUGUUGGAUUGAGACGUUCGGCAGUUUACCAGUGGAUUUUAAUUAAGUUCUUCAUCUGACUAACAAUGAUUUAAAAGUUUCAUAGUCUUUCUUUAAAGUUGAAAUGGUUCUAGACAAAUACCUCUAAGUUCCACACUAAAAUAGAAUUAGCAUGUUUUUUGAAAAUUUGAAUAUCAAAUAUCAGAUAUGCAUUAAUAUACUUAUAAAUUAAAGCAUUUUGCAAAAAAACCCCUACAAAAUGCCUGCACAAGAGUGCUUCCCUACACCUUUGGUAUUUCAUCACGGGGCAUGUGAUGUCCGUUAGCUAUACUUGAAUUUUAUUUGAUAAGUAGUUACUGUAAAAAUAAUUAAAAACCUACUUUCAUUUUCGAUAAACCAGCCCAAACCGUUUUGGAAUGAGCGAUUUUAGUUUUGAUAGAAAGAAGUUUCAAGAACGAGGUAACUAAGAACGCGGGUUGACUAAUUGACGCAAUGGCGAAAAAAGUAGGACGAGUUUAACAUGCAUCGGACAGACUCCUUUGAUAAUGAACUUUGGUUUAGAAUGUGCAUGCAUUCGCGCUUUAAGAUUACAUUGCAUUUUCAUACCACUCAAAAAUAGCUUAAUACAGAUAGUCAAUAUUUUUUAUAUUCUUUUAAAAAUUGUGUUAAUACCUCUACGUCUAUAUGAAUAAAUUAUGUAAGCAUAAAACGGAGACGUUGUAUCGAGAUGUGGGGGUGAAUUUUAGUUUUGGUUUUAAUACGAUCAGCUUCUUUUUAUCCAACCAUUUGAUUUUCAAUUCCAAUUUUGAAAAAAAUAGGUUGAGAAAAUAAAAUCUGUUGCGACAUAAAAAUUCAAUUAAUAUGUAAACCGUUAUUAUCUAGUUCUAUGUAAUUUUGUAAUUACAUGUAUUUACAUGUUUCAUAUUACAUGAAUCUACAUGUUCUAUAUUAUUCUCUUCAGAUCAAUGUCCCCCUAGAUUGUAAAGAAAAAGUCCCCUGACCAUGGACCACUGGAACAGUGCCCAGGAUGUUGUACGCUGCACCCUGUGUAAAACAUCUAUUGCCCCCAUGUACUGUGAAGUUUGUCACAUACAUCUGUGUGGAAACUGUGUAGAGACACAUUUCUCUGAUUCCUCUAAAGUUCAUAAUGUGGUGUCACUUAAACAAUAUUUAACCACCAAACAGGGAGCCGACUCCUCUCCCCCAGACCGGUCACUGAUGGAUGAACCCAAGGUCAUCACAGAAAUAGACACAAAGUACGGAUUUCUAUGGGGUGUGGCGUGUCUAAAUGAGACAAAGAUUUGGACGCGUGGUAAUAACAAAAUGAUAAACCUAUACAACCUGCAUGGGGAACUAGUGGAGUCCAUCCAAACCAAGUCAGGGAUCUAUCCACAGGACAUAGCAGUUACAAGGAGUGGGGAUCUAGUUUAUACUGAUGGCAAAGAUAGAACAGUGAACAUAGUGAAGAAUACACAGAUACAGACAGUGAUCAGACUACAGGGGUGGACACCUUUCGGUGUCUAUAGUACCUCCUCUGGCGAUCUCCUGGUUGUCAUGGACAGUGAUGAUGAUAAACAAACAAAAGUUGUGUGUUACUCUGGCUCCACAGAGAAACAAACUAUUCAGUUUCAUGACAAAGGACAACCUCUCUAUUCAUCUGGUAACACUAAAUACAUCACUGAGAACAGGAACCAGGAUAUCUGUGUGUCAGACUGUGAUGCCCGUGCAGUAGUGGUGGUCAAUCAGGCCGGGAAACUCCGGUUGACCUACACUGGUUCUCCCUCUACUAUCAAGAGAUCAUUUGGUCCACACGGCAUCACAAAAGACAGCCAGGGUCGGAUCCUGAUAGCUGACCGUAACAACUACCAUAUCCACAUCCUGGAUCAGGACGGACAGUUCCUCCGCUACAUUGACAACUGUCAUUUAGAGCGUCCAUAUGGUUUAUGUGUGGACACCAGAGACAACCUCUUUGUGGCUGAGAGGGGCACAAGUAAAGUGAAGAAAAUACAAUAUUACAUCUAAAUCACCUGUCUUUAUAAAUUAGAUGUAAAAAAAAAUUAAACAAGUAUAAAUUACAUACUGAGUGUGUAAAACCAUAUUUAGAGCAAAUGUUUACAUUACAACUAACUAUAUUUGGUGUAUAUUAGAUGGGACUACUGUGAGUGUUUAUAAUGUACAUACAGUGAGCAUUGCAGAUAAAAUGUAUAAUGUAAAUUUUUUGCAAUGAUCACUAUCUUCAUAUCUCAUUUAAAAAUUUAUCGCAUGUGAACAACCUGACCAAUAUCUAUUGGAUGUAACUACACUGUUUGACAUUUUGCAUAUUACGAUAACAUGUAGGCUUCCAUGUGUAUAAUCAUUGCAUGUCAUCAAAUUAUGUGAAUGUAAACAUCAAAGUUUUAUAUCUUGAAUGUUAACAAAAUGUUUGGUUUUUAUUAAAUUACAAGUGAACUGGCUAUUUUUGUACAUGUUAACAAAUUG